AUGGGUUCUGAGAUUUGCCUAUCCGGUUUCAUGGGAUUGGACUUGCCGAAGAGGAAAUUAUGGAUAUUAGGAGAUAUAUUCAUAGGUAAAUUUUAUACAGUAUUCGAUAUGGGCAAAAACCGUGUCGGUUUUGCGAAAGCUCUUCAUCCAGAUUCUGUUCAUCGUACCAAAACAUAUAUACCUAUGAUGCGAUUAUUCCCUGCUCAAUCAGUUCCACAAGCUGCUUCAGAAACCCCGAAUGGGGUGUUCGCCUUUUCCAAACUUCUUUCAGAUGAAGUUUGA